GCUUUGGACGGAGCGUUUAAUGAUGAGAAUCGGGUGAAGUGCCGCGAUGCCACGGUGCCACUGAUCCAGGCCGUUGAGAACCUCACCGCUUUCGCCUCCAAUCCGGAGUUUUCUAGUGUCCCGGCACAGAUUUCCCCCGAGGGUCUCCGCGCCAUGGAGCCCAUUAUCAGCUCGGCACAGGCCAUGUUAGAGAGCUCCUCCGGCCUCAUCCAGACCGCACGCUCUCUGGCUGCCAACCCCAAGGACCCUCCGCAGUGGUCAGUGCUGGCCGGCCACUCCCGCACAGUGUCCGACUCCAUCAAGAAGCUCAUCACUAAUAUGAGGGAUAAAGCUCCGGGUCAGAGGGAAUGUGAUCAGGCCAUCGAGCUCCUGAACCAGGCGGUGAGAGAACUGGACAAGGCCUCACUAGAAGCCAUCAGUCAGCAGCUGGCCCCACGGGAGAGGAUAUCCCAAGAGGCUCUGCACACCCAGAUGCAGACGUCGGUGCAGGAGAUCAGUAACCUCAUAGAACCUCUGGCGGCAGCAGCGAGGGCCGACUCCUCUCAGCUCGGACACAAGGUGUCGCAGAUGGCGCAGUACUUCGAGCCAUUGACCCACGCGGCUAUUGGAGCCGCAUCAAAGACGCUCAACCAUCAGCAGCAGAUGAACCUGUUGGACCAGAGCAAGACGUUAGCGGAAUCAGCCCUACAGAUGCUUUACACCGCCAAGGAAGCCGGAGGGAACCCCAAGGUGGCGGCACACACACAGGAAGCUCUGGAUGAAGCUGCUCAGAUGAUGCAUGAAGCGGUGGACGACCUGACAGGGACCUUUAAUGAAGCGGCGAGCGCUGCAGGUGCUGUGGGGGGAAUGGUGGACUCCAUCACUCAGGCCAUCAAUAAGCUGGAUGAGCAGCACAUGGGAGAACCAGAGGGGUCCUUUGUGGAUUAUCAGACCACCAUGGUGAAAACGGCCAAAGCCAUCGCAGUAACGGUGCAAGAGAUGGUCACAAAAUCCACAACCAAUCCUGAUGAACUGGGGACCCUGGCCAAUCAGCUCACCACGGAGUACGGACAACUCGCCCAUGAAGCCAAACCGGCGUCUGUGACUGCGGAGAAUGAGGAGAUUGGAUCCCACAUUAAGCAGCGGGUACAAGACCUCGGCCAUGGCUGCUCCCAGUUGGUCACUAAAGCCGGUGCCCUCCAGUGCUGCCCGACAGACAACUACACCAAGAGAGAACUGAUCGACUGUGCACGGCUGGUGUCUGAGAAGGUAUCUCACGUGUUGGCCGCCCUCCAGGCUGGUAACCGUGGCACUCAGGCCUGUAUCACUGCUGCCAGCGCUGUGUCUGGGAUCAUUGCUGAUUUGGACACCACCAUAAUGUUUGCCACAGCAGGAACAUUGAACAGAGAGAACGCAGAGACGUUUGCAGAUCACCGUGAGGGCAUCCUGAAGACGGCUAAAGCCUUGGUAGAGGACACAAAGGUCUUGGUACAGAACGCAACGUCCAGUCAAGAGAAGCUGGCCCAGGCCGCGCAAUCAUCCGUGAUGACCAUAACACGACUAGCGGAGAACGUAAAGCUUGGUGCUGCCAGUCUGGGAUCUGACGACCCAGAGACUCAGGUGGUUCUUAUCAAUGCAGUGAAGGAUGUGGCUAAGGCCCUGGGCGAUCUGAUCAGCGCCACCAAGGCUGCGGCCGGCAAGUCCAGCGAUGACCCCUCUGUCUACCAGCUAAAGAAUUCCGCUAAGGUCAUGGUGACUAACGUGACAUCUCUCCUAAAAACCGUGAAAGCCGUGGAAGACGAGGCCACGAAGGGGACCAGAGCUCUGGAGGCCACAAUAGAACAUAUAAGGCAGGAGCUUGCGGUUUUCACCUCGCUGGACCCGCCUCCACAGACCUCCACCCCAGAGGAUUUCAUUCGUACGACCAAAGGCAUCACUAUGGCCACCGCCAAAGCUGUUGCCGCUGGAAACUCGUGCCGUCAGGAAGACGUCAUUGCCACGGCCAAUCUGAGCCGCCGGGCUAUUGCGGACAUGCUGCGUUCGUGCAAGGAAGCCGCCUACCACCCGGAAGUGAGCCCAGACGUGCGCAUCCGAGCCAUGAGGUUUGGGAAGGAAUGUGCCACAGGCUAUCUGCAGCUGCUGGACCAUGUGCUGGUGAUCCUUCAGAAGCCGAGCUCUGACCUCAAGCAGCAUCUGGCUGGAUACUCCAAGCAAGUGGCCGGGUCUGUGACGGAGCUCAUCCAGGCUGCGGAGGCCAUGAAAGGUACUGAAUGGGUGGACCCUGAAGACCCCACAGUUAUUGCAGAGAAUGAAUUGCUGGGAGCUGCAGCCGCCAUAGAGGCAGCAGCCAAAAAGCUGGAACAGCUGAAACCUCGCGCCAAACCCAAGCAGGCGGAUGAGAGCUUGAACUUUGAGGAGCAGAUCCUGGAGGCAGCGAAGUCCAUUGCGGCAGCCACCAGUGCCCUUGUGAAGGCGGCAUCUGCAGCCCAGAGAGAGCUUGUGGCCCAGGGCAAGGUUGGCGCGAUCCCGGCUAAUGCAGUAGAUGACGGACAGUGGUCGCAGGGUCUCAUCUCAGCCGCCAGGAUGGUGGCCGCCGCUACCAGUAACUUAUGUGAGGCGGCCAACUCUGCAGUCCAGGGCCACGCCAGCGAGGAGAAGCUGAUCUCGUCGGCUAAGCAGGUGGCCGCGUCUACGGCUCAGUUACUUGUGGCUUGUAAGGUGAAAGCCGACCAUGAUUCGGAGGCCAUGAAGAGACUUCAGGUGGCAGGAAACGCCGUGAAGAGGGCGUCCGACAACCUCGUGAAAGCCGCUCAGAAAGCGGCAGCGUUCCAAGAAUACGACGAAACGGUGGUGGUGAAGGAGAGGAUGGUAGGAGGCAUUGCACAGAUUAUUGCAGCUCAGGAAGAAAUGUUGCGCAAGGAGCGAGAGUUGGAGGAGGCGCGGAAGAAGCUGGCCAUGAUAAGGCAGCAGCAAUAUAAGUUUCUGCCGUCGGAGCUGCGUGAGGACUCUCAGAACUGAGCUGACUCCUUCUUCUCACCCUUCACGCCAUUAAUCCAGCACCUCUUCUUCCCGACUACUGAGGCUUAACCGGCUUCUCCUGCCCACUAAUCGCUCUUGCACAUGGGGCCUCAGUAGUCUCUACGAAGCCGGCGCUCUGGGACUCGGGGCCACAAUGUUCAUCUUCUUCCUCAGAUGCCUCCAGCUAGGAGGAGCGGACCGCGUUGCGUGUGAAUGUUGUCCGUUCCCAGCCGAACGGUUUUGUUUUUUACUGGUUGGUGCCUUAUUGCCUUGGCGCUGGCUUGUGCCGGGGGCUAAUGCCUUUAUUUGUGCCCUGUCUAUGCUGUAUUAAUCUCCAGCUGCUUUUCCCUUUUCUGCCAUCCCUCCCCAGUGCGCUCGGAGGGGGGGUGGAGCGAACGUUGUGUGACUGGUGACCUCAGAUGUCUGUGUGUUAUUUCAUGCCGAUAAGUGCCUGAACGUGCCGUGCACAAUCAAACCGUUAGUCCUUACCGAGCUGUGUGCUUCCUAGGCUCCGCCCCCGUGACGUCCUGUUACAUUUCUAUAUAAAGUAUCUAUUUUUAUUUUGCAUUUUGUCGAAAUUUUAUAUGCUCUUCUGAUGGACCCUGAGCGGUACCUUCUGUGCCUGCUCACCUCCAUGGCUCCACCAAAACUCUUAUCACAAAUAAAUAUCUUCACCUCGGA